AUGAACACAAAAGACAGCGUAAUACAUACAUAUUUCGAGCGAAAGCCUACAGAUUGGAGUAUUCGGGGGUUCUUGAACGAAUGCGAGGAGAAACAAUUCAAACUAAAAAUCGAAGCUUAUUGCUUAUCACUUGAAAACAUUAUUAAACAGGGAAAAUUAAAUAAUAGACAUGAUAAAGCCCAGCUCUUGCUGGCUCGGUAUAAGAAGAAAAGAAAGAAAGAUCAGGAAGAUGAAGAAGAGGACGAAGGGAUUGACGACCCAGCAAUACGUUAUAAUAGAUUGAUAGUGGGAAUUGAAACUGCACGAGAAAAUCAAACGGCCUGUUUGAUGACCCCGCUGUGUUGGGGUGUCAUAGAUCUUAGAGCACAGAAUGUCUCUCCGUGCCCAAAACACCCUCGUGCGAAAGAAUUUCUAUCAGAUACGGAAGUUCAAAAACUCCAACAAACGGCUAUUGAAAUUAUAAAUAAAGAAUCACAUUUGAGCCUAUCUGCUAAAACACUUCUGGAGACGCUUCAAUGUAGCACUUUCAGUCUCAAAAAACUCAUUAAGGAGAAGAGGGCUCGGGGGAUCGAAGGUAUUUGUUCCUUGCUUAAAAUAGACGCGGAAAUAUAUGACAAAGAUACCCAGUACGUUGGAGAAUGUAUGGAUGCCUUUUAUAGUUGGGUACAUAUAUACGGUGGGACGACCAAUAUAGAACGAACUGUCGAUAUGCACCUAAUUGGUCCGUUCUCAAAAACACCCGUGGAGAAAGUCAUUCGGAUGCCGACAGAGACGAGAAGUCUUCCCGGUCAGAAUCAGGAGCAACUGGAAAGGCGUGGAAAUGGGCACGAGAUUGGCAUUGGAGAGAACACUGGCCCCACUCAUAAGGACCAUCAUAAAAAAAGUGUCACCGAUUUUGUAGAUGUCAUAAAUGUUGCUCGAUCGCAACAUAUUCGUUUCCAAACGGAGUGCAUAGAAAAAAGUGGGCACAAUCCUCUUCCCUCAAAUAUUGAGAAUGUAUUGAAGUCUGUAGCGAUUCCCUUUUUCCAAGUAAUCGGGAUGAAAAUCCGAUUCUACAUUUUAAUACAAAUCAAUGGUGAUUUGUACGGUAUGUGGGAAUGGUCUUCGCAAGACCUACCAAGAAAGGAUGAUGACAUUAUAACUGUGACGGCAUUAUGUAAAAAAUUCCUAAUCCAUCGAAAUCUUCUAAACAAAACAUCCAAUCUAACUCAAACGGCUGUUAGACUUUCGCAAGUUUUCAGAGAAAAUGUAGAGAAUAUGCAAUAUGUUCAUAUUAACAAAUCUGUCAAACUGAGUCCUAUAGUGGCUCCAAAAGAAAAAAGAGAAGACAAUUUAAUAUGGAAGGAAAGCAGUGAAAAUGCUGGAGAGAGGGAUGAACCAGCUAUAGUUUUACCAGAGGACGUUUGCGAAGAUGAGGAAUGA